CUCACUGGCUCCGCAGCUACGGUCGCCGCCAUGCUCUUGAGGCCGCUUCGUCGUCUCCAACCCCUCCGCCACCCCCUACACCCUAACCCUAACCCUAACCCUAAUCCCUUUGUCGCAACCUCCAUAGCUGAGCUCAAGCACUCGUUCUCCGCCUCCUCAUCCUCCGCCUCGUUCGUCGACCUCCCGAAGCCCCGCCGGAGCUGGGAGCGGAAGCCGCUGGUGACCCCCAUCACCGAGCUCAAGCGCCGGGCGCGGGAGGAGCGGAGGGCGCGGCGCGAGGUGCGCGAGGUUGCGCUCCGCCCCCCCGAGAACGGCCUCCUCGUCCAAACCCUAGUCCCCGUCGCCCACGAGGUGUUCGCCGCGAGGAAGCAGCUCCUCUGUUGCGCGGAGAGGGUCGCAGAAUCCAUCCCCGUCCACGCGUGUCGAGUCUGCGGAGAAGUUCAUGUGGGAAGAAUCCCUCAUCGUAUCCGUUCGUGCGAUGUCGCCGGGAGUUCGCCAACGAAGGAGCAUGUUUGGGUUAAGGGAGGGAUUGAGCAUGUUCUUCCGCAUGUGGAGUCUUUUCAUCUAUAUGAUAGAUUGGGUAGGGCGGUUUCGCAUGAAGAGCGGCUCCAAGUUGACCGAAUUCCAGCCAUUGUUGAGCUUUGCGUGCAGGCGGGGGUGGAUAUUCCGGAAUACCCAACGAAGAGGAGGAAGUUUCCAGUUUAUAGUAUUGCAGGAAAGAUGAUCGAUUUCGAGCGGAAGUUUCCGCGGGAUUAUUCGAGCGGGAAGGAUAUCGAACCAUUUGGGUUUUGGCGGAGGAAGAAGAAAGAGGGAGAUUGUGAUUCGGAGCCAUUCUCAUCUGAUGAUGAUGCUCAAGAUAUCGCCAUCAAAGGUAUGCAUGCAUGGGAAAACAUGCGAUCAGGUGCCCUAAAGCUUAUGAAGAAAUACCCUGUCCAGACAUGUGGGUUCUGCCCCGAGGUCCAGGUGGGGCCCAAGGGACAUCGGGCGAGAAUAUGCCAGUCCUACAAGCACCAGAUGCGGGCAGGGCAGCACGCGUGGCAAGAAGCCACCAUCGAUGAUUUGGUCCCGCCAGUUUACGUGUGGCAUGUGCCCGAGCAACAAAAUAAUGACCCACUUGUGGAUGAGCUUCGGUCUUAUUAUGGGAAGCUUCCUGCAGCAGUGGAGCUUUUUGCGCAGGCCGGUGCAAAAGUCGGAGAGGAAUAUAGUAGGGUGAUGAGGGAGGAUGUUGCUGUGCCUAAAUUGGAUGAAGAGAAAUUGGCUGUGUAAACAUAUGAAGGUUGAAGGUUGAAGACCUUUUGGAUUAAUGAAGUUCAAACAGUACGUAUCAAUUUUGAGAAAGUUCUGCAGUGAUCAUCUGGUGUAUGAUUAGCGAGUUAGGAGGUACACAUGUUUUCUGGUUUAGGUAGCUAAGAGAAAGGCGAAGCCUGUAGCUUAGCUUUGUUUGGUGCUUUCACUUGGGGGAGCUUCUCAGAAUUGCUAUUUGAGUGGGACUGUUUGAAAAAACACUAAUAGCUUUCGUUUGAAUAACUUCCUGCUGAAGCGCAAAAGGCCUUUCAGAACCCAAAAAAGACUUGAACAGCUCGUUUAGCUUUCCAGCUCAGCAAAAGCCUUGGAACUUUUGGUUUGACGUAUGCCUGGCUUCAAUUUCUCAAAUAAGAGAAGCCAUUUGAGAAUCGAGGACAGACUAGUACUAAGAUCAAGCUGGUCGUUUGCUGUUAAAGUUUGAGAAAUGCUUGUCCAAAGUGAAGAUAACAACACCGAAAUCUACUGCUGGUGAGUACUUUGAUUGGCUUUGCUAGUUUCUUUAUUUCUUUUUUUCUUUUCCCUCACAAAGUCAUUAAACUUGAUAAUCGAAAAUGGUUUAGUCAAGACAAUAGUAGCCCCCGGAAAAGAUGAGGGAGACCAUUUGUUCGGAGCUGUUGACAGAUGUCAUUAAUUGGAAGAUCAUCCUAUUCUGCAGGCACUUAAAAACAAGUUAGGCCAGAGUCAGCAUCUAUAGACUAUCCUGCUUAUCAUUUAUGUGCAUUUGACAAAUGCCAUUGUGUUGCUUGACACUUCAACCACAUUAAUCUAGUAUCAGAUAGGAAGUACAAAUCAGAGACGGAAUCUUGAAACAUUUUUCUCGGCAGUGCUUGGCGUGAGGUCCCGAGGAUAAGGAUGCAUGGCAUGGUGUUAGUAACUAAUCAUCUUAUAUCCAUCAAUGCUUUUUGAGGGUUUAGGCGAAGAGGUGUGUACAGGAUGCUUGUAGUUAUAUAUAUAUAUUAGGGGCGAAAUUUUCAAACAUCAACAAUUGUCAAUUCGUUUUCAAAGGCCCCCAUUUUUUUGUCAGUUUUGUGAUAAGGUUUCCGUUAUUGCUGCAUCCAAAAGGUGAGAAGAUGACAAGAAUCUGAAGUUGCUCACAAACGGGGGAAAGAUUUUCUUCUGUUUUCCAUUUCGCUGGUGAUAUCCAACUACCACGGCUGGGUAUGAUCUAGCACCAUGAGAGUAAGUAUCAGGCAUUACAACUCGGUGCGGCUUCUAAGAAGACGCAGAUCCAAAACGAAACCCAAUACGAAAUACAAAAGUUUGUAGCGUCCGAGUACAAUAUCUCGGGAGCGAUUUGAACCGACGAAUUAGGAUAUAUGGGAUGUAGAAAUGCUCCCAACUAUUCCACUCUACAUGCGUGCGCUCCUUCUGCUACCUCCCAGCCGACGCAAAUUAUAUUUCCUAAUGAUGAUGCAUGGUUUUUUCGUAUCUGUAUGAAAUUAAACUUGUAAUACCUACAAAUUUUCAAUUCUGAACCUCAACAGUGUGUUCGCUGUAUUCGCUGUAAACACGAUACUAAGUUGGACUUCGUACGCAGGUUAGGAGAGGAAUUUGUUGCCCAUUGAAAGUGUUGGGAGUUAACAGUUGCUAACUAAUUUUGUACUGAUAGAUUUCAUUUA